UGGUGUGUUGCUCCUCCGGUCAUUUCAGUGACAAAGUUUUUGUUCCUGGUUCUCGUGUCCUUUGUCCCAGGGAGAAGCGUGAAGAGAAAAAAAGAUAAAAGAUUAGACCUUUUCGCGUUCAUGGAUUCGAUGAUGGGUAAACUCGUGAUGGGUUUGGUCGUGGUGGUUGCGAUCUUCGAAGCCCCAGGUGUAGUAGACGCGUGGACUGGAGAGAUUCGCGGCAGAGUUGUAUGCGAUGUCUGUGCCGAUUCUUCAAUCGGACCAGAGGAUCAUGUCCUUGAAGGAGCCGAGGUUGCGGUACUCUGCAUAACUAAGUCCGGAGAAGUUGUGAACUACCAAGCUUUCACAAACUCAAAAGGUUUCUACACUGUAGCGGAGACAAUGCCAGAGAGUGAACGUUGGGACGCAUGCCUUGCAAGACCCAUCAGCAGCUUCCACACUUCUUGCAACCACUUAAACCAGGCCAAUAAUGGGAUCAAAUUCAGUUAUAAACGCCCUUCCGGUUACUUUCAUGCCGUGAAACCAUUUGUGUAUCGACACCAAUACGCACCUUCUUAUUGCUGAUUCAAAAGAGCCUUUUAUACCCUUAUUAUGUUGUGUAAACUUGUAGUAAUAAUUGAAAUAUUAAAUAGUUUGGAUAUUUUUGUUUGUAUAAUGUCAAUAUUGGAGCAACUCUUUAGAUUAUAUGAUUACACUAGGGUUGGCAUG